CCACCAUCCAAGAUACCGAGGUUCCCUUUCCAGCUCUUGCCGAACACUGCGACCGUCUCCAAACUUCCCAAACUCCCCAGAUUCUUCAUCUCUCUUCUUCCCCCGGUUUCUUCCUCCCCUCUUAAGCAUCUUGUGACCCUCCAUCUCUCAGCUUCUUUCUCCCCAAUAUCUCCCCAUCUUUCUCCCCGCAAAUAACCUCCCAUCUCCUACCCUUCUUUAUUUCUCCCCCCCUCCCCCUCCUCUUCACUCUCCCUCUCACACCUACACACAAGCACACAAAAUGUCUGCGGAGCUGCGCUUCGACAACCAGACGGUCGUCAUCACGGGAGCCGGUGGUGGCUUGGGCAAGGCCUAUGCUUUGUUCUUCGCUUCAAGAGGUGCCAACGUCGUCGUCAACGACCUGGGCGGUUCCCACGCCGGUGAGGGCAAGUCUUCCAAGGCUGCCGAUGUGGUCGUCGAAGAGAUCCGAGCUGCUGGCGGCAAGGCUGUAGCAAACUACGACAGCGUCGAGAACGGUGAAGCCAUCAUCGACACUGCCCUCAAGAACUUCGGCCGCGUCGAUGUCCUCCUCAACAACGCCGGUAUCCUUCGCGAUGUGAGCUUCAAGAACAUGAAGGAUCAGGACUGGGAUCUCAUCAACAGAGUUCACACGUAUGGUGCAUACAAGUGCGCGAAAGCCGCUUGGCCUCAUUUCCGCAAGCAAAAGUACGGUCGUAUUAUCAACACUGCUUCCUCUGCCGGUCUUUUCGGUAGCUUUGGACAGGCGAACUACUCUGCUGCCAAACUUGGCCAGGUUGGCUUUACCGAGACGCUGGCUAAGGAGGGUGCUAAGUACAACAUCAUUGCCAAUGUGAUUGCUCCUAUCGCUGCUAGCCGCAUGACGGCUACCGUCAUGCCCCCUGAUGUUUUGGAGAAUCUCAAGCCCGACUGGGUUGUUCCCUUGGUUGCUGCUCUGGUUCACUCUUCUAACACGACUGAGUCGGGGGGCAUCUUUGAGGUCGGUGGUGGUCACGUAGCUAAGCUGCGCUGGGAGCGUGCCAAGGGUGCACUGUUGAAGACUGAUGCUUCUCUGACCCCUGGAGCCAUUGCCAGAAAAUGGAACGAUGUCAACGACUUCUCGCAGCCGAGCUAUCCCACUGGCCCGGCCGAUUUCAUGUCUUUGCUGGAGGAUGGCAUGAAGCUGCCUAGUGCUCAGCCAGGGCAGGAACCUGACUUCAAGGGCAAGGUUGCACUUGUUACUGGUGGUGGAAACGGAUUGGGUCGUGCCUACUGUUUGCUCUUCGCCAAGUACGGCGCUUCUGUCGUUGUCAACGACCUUGUCGACCCCGAGCCUGUUGUCCAGGAGAUCAAGAAGAUGGGCGGAAAGGCUGUUGGAAACAAGGCUUCCUGCGAAGAUGGCGAGAACGUCGUCAAGUCGGCCAUUGACGCCUUUGGCAGAAUUGAUAUCCUGGUCAACAACGCCGGUAUCCUGCGCGACAAGGCUUUCACCAACAUGACCGAUGACUUGUGGAACCCUGUCCUCAAUGUUCACCUGCGUGGUACCUACAAGGUGACUAAGGCUGCCUGGCCCUACAUGUUGAAGCAGAAAUACGGCCGCAUCGUCAACACUGCCAGCACCAGCGGUAUUUACGGAAACUUCGGACAGGCCAACUACGCCGCGGCGAAACUCGGUAUCCUCGGUUUCUCUCGCACUCUUGCCCUUGAGGGUGCCAAGUACAACAUCAAGGUCAACACUAUUGCCCCUAACGCUGGUACCAACAUGACCCGCACCAUCAUGCCGGAGGAGAUGGUUCAGGCAUUCAAGCCUGACUAUGUUGCUCCCUUGGUGGCUCUUCUCUCCUCCGACAUUAUGCCAGAGCCCAGCACCAAGGGCCUGUACGAAUGCGGUAGUGGCUGGUUCUCCCGCACUCGCUGGCAGCGCACCGGCGGCCACGGCUUCCCAGUGGAUGUCAAGCUCACUCCCGAGGAAGUCGUCAAGCACUGGAAGCAGAUCACCAACUUUGAGGAUGGUCGUGCUGAUCACCCUGAAGAUGGCCAGGCCGGUGCCGAGAAGAUCAUGGCCAACAUGGCCAACCGCAGCGGCAAGGAUAAGGAAAGUGGCAACAACAAGAUUCUGCAGGCGAUCGAGAAGGCCAAGCAGGCUACAACGGAUGGCACUCCCUUCGACUUCGUUGAUCGCGACAUCAUCCUCUACAACUUGAGCGUUGGUGCCAAGCGCACCGAUCUGCCUCUGGUGUACGAGAACAACGAACACUUCCAGGCGCUUCCCACCUACGGUGUGAUCCCCUGGUUCAACUCCGCCAACCCUUGGAACAUGGACGACAUCGUGGCCAACUUCUCGCCCAUGAUGUUGCUGCACGGCGAGCAGUACAUGGAAGUCCGCAAGUUCCCCAUCCCUACGGAGGCCAAGACCUUGACCUACCCUAAGCUCAUCGACGUGGUGGACAAGGGCAACGCUGCCCUGGUUGUCUCUGGAUACACCACCAAGGACGCCAAGACCGGUGAGGACUUGUUCUACAACGAGUCGACUGUGUUUAUCCGUGGUAGUGGCGGCUUCGGCGGCUCCCCCAAACCCACCGCCCCUCGUCCCAAGGCCGCAACCGCCGCCUACAAGCCUCCUCAGCGUAAGCCCGAUGCGGUCGUUGAGGAGAAGACCUCCGAGGACCAGGCCGCUUUGUACCGUCUCAAUGGCGACCGCAACCCUCUCCACAUCGACCCCGAGUUCAGCAAGGUCGGUGGCUUCAAGACCCCCAUCUUGCACGGUCUGUGCUCGCUCGGAGUUUCGGGUAAGCAUGUCUUCAGCACAUUCGGUCCUUUCAAGAACCUCAAGGUCCGCUUCUCGGGCGUGGUGCUGCCCGGUCAGACCUUGAAGACGGAGAUGUGGAAGGAGGGCAACACCGUCCUCUUCCAGACGACCGUGGUGGACACCGGCAAGCCGGCCAUUACGGGAGCUGGCGCUGAGCUGUUGGAAGGUGCUAAGGCUAAAUUGUAGGAGUAAGGGCAGUCUAACUUUUCCUUUUUCUUCAGAAUGUGUAUAUAAAUGUUAAUGAUUUGAUCUUGC